GCAAAAUGCUAUAUGUUCAUAAUGAUAAUUUCAAGAGCAAAUGUUGUUUCUACAGAUCAUCCCUGGGGGGGAAAAUGUCAUGGAUGGAAUCUGUGGAUACACUUUUGGCUAACAAAGAUGGCCUGGAUGCAUUUAGAACUUUCCUGAAAUCAGAAUUCAGUGAAGAAAAUAUUGAAUUUUGGCUCGCUUGUGAGGACUUCAAGAAAACAAAGUCAGCAGCUAAAGUUGCUUCAAAAGCCCAAAGGAUUUACUCUGAAUUUAUCCAAGCUGAUGCACCACAGGAGAUAAACAUUGACUUCAAUACCAGAGACCGCAUCAUGGAGGCUAUUUCGAAACCAACUCUCAACUGUUUUGAUGAUGCUCAAAAAUUAAUCUACAGCCUCAUGGUCAAAGAUUCAUUCCCACGGUUUCUGAAGUCAGAAGCUUAUAAAGAACUGGCAAAUAAGGAACUGAAAAGAAGUCAAAAAAGGUGGCUGCCAUUUUUCUAA